CACAAACCAUCCAGCAGCGAUCGGCUCGAUUAUUAUUUACCUGCCUGAUGCCGCCCGAGCUGCGACAGGUAGAAUUUUGCACGCGGUUUUGCUUGCGCGACAGUUUAAUCGUGAACAGUGCGCGAUAAGCAUUAUUUGUAAUUAUUUUUUUUCGCUUUCGUUCAAUUUGUUGCGAGCCAAACUGAAGAAGCCGUCCUCGGGAGUUGAUCGAAAACUAAUCUUUUAAACUAGAGUUGUCUGCCAGGAUUUGGAUCAAGCACACACGAAUGUCUGGAGAACAACACACAGCCAUGAAAAUAUCACCUCUGCGGGAAUGAUUCAUCGACAAGAGCUCUCUUAUCAGUCGCAGAUUGAACACUGAUAGCGGAAAACCUGCGCGGAAACCAGCUGAUAUCAGAAAUAGAGGGUUUUUUUUCUCUACUCCGCACGAAUGUUGUUCGGAGUCUUGUAAAAAUAAUCUUUUAUCGCAAAAAUACGUAGAUUGAUUAGAGUGAUUCUCGGCCACGGUUUGGCAAUUGAUUUGACGGAUUCCGGACAAAAGAGAGGAACGAAUUCCAAUUAUCUUCCGCCGAAACUCGCCGGGUGGAGAGGUUCUGUUGUGAUACCCGAUUGUGAAUUAUCGUGAACCCAUUGAGUCAGUGCUCAGCAGUGAGGGAUCAGUCAUCGAGUUUGGUCUAUGGGCGUCGGUUGCGUGAAGAAAUGAAGAAACGUGUGCGUCUCCCCACCGAGAGAGUGUAAACGUGAACGUGAAAGUUUGAGAUUUGAACGCUCGCAAAACAAGUGCCUUGGCCUGGCCCAGCUGAUACCGAGCUUAUUUACAUCUGAAGUGUUGUUUAUCGGAAGAAGAACGGUGUCACGUAACGGAGGAUUUUGAAGUGGGCUGAACUUCAGCUUGGAAGACAUAUCGGUUGUCCGGUGCAUAAGUGCACACCAUCGACGCCGUUGCUGACCAAAAAAGAUGGUGUUCAAUUGUACGCUCUGUGGAAUGGGCCCUCGGGCCACGAUCAUUUUGGUCGGAAUUGUUUCACUAAUUUUCUCCAUCCUUUACAUCCUCGGCACAACUGCAGGAAUAUUGGCUCAUAACUGCGUUAUUCCUAUGAACAACUCGAAAGAGGAAUAUGCCAUCUAUCUUUACUACCUUCGGUCUUCAGAAUGCGGCCCAGUGAACCUGACCAACUUGGGCGUAACCGUUCCAGAAAACUUCCCAAUCGUGCUGCCAGAUGUGUCGGAUGCCGCCUUCCGGACCUACAUAUUCUGUCUGGUUGGGGUGGCACUGUACGGGGUGUGGGCCAUUUCCACCAUCUUGAUGUUUGGAUCCGCUUGUGUUUCCUGCGUGGGAAGAGGCUGCAUAGUUUUCGGAAUCUAUCCAUUCAUAAUCAUUCUGUUCCUCGUACUGGCCUACGAAGUGGUGGCAUUUGUCAUCUACUUGAUCGACUUCAUACACAGUUUUGAUAUAGAUUUUGUGCUAGAUCUGCUUGAAGUCGGUAACCAGGAACAGGUUAGGCCAAUAUUCGAACAAAUCGACAACAUUUAUCUGGUGGUGCCUCCAUUGAUCAUGUGGAUAACCGCCAUUAAAGGAUUUAUCUUCUGGUUGAUCUUCCUGUUGCUGGCCUUUGUGAUGAUGGGCGUGGCCAGUCGACUGUGGGAGGAGAACAAACCGGCUCCCGCCUACAAUAGUGUUGUCCAUGCGUCCAGAACUGCCCCGACGGCACCGGUUGAGCAGAUGGAAGAGAUCAGAAAUUCACCGGAUGUUGUAGCCGUCUCAGCAGCUGCCAGUCGAUACAAAGACCCUGCGAGGACACCGACGGAUAUUCCUUCCUAUAGUGAAGCUUCUGCUCCUGCGGCUGAUGAAAACGUCGUCCGGACCGUGGAACCUUUGAAGGGCGGCAAUGACUCCCCUUAUCUGGAGCAGCCACCGGAACAGGAUAGGUACGACGUCAAUGAACCACCUCCAGUACGACCAAAACCGAUACUUAAUCCUUACACGGAUAAACGAUUUUCGUACAUGCCUGGCAAUCCACAACCGUUCUCCUAUCUGGCGGGACCUCCACAGCAGGUAAGCCCCCGGAAUUCGACAAACGUCCCAACGGAAGUACGCAGUCAGCUACCGUGGAGCUAUUUCCGGAACUCAGAAGAGUUGGGGCCACCGAAACGAGUAACAUCCACUUUGAAUGAUCAGUCCGACUUUCCUGGAGCAGAUGUUGCUGUACCAAUGACAAAACCGGGCGCACCAGACGAUCGUUCAAGCGAUGAAGGAAAAUGGAGUGGUCCAGAGUAUCGAUAUUGAAACUCUGAUCUGUCCCAACUUCGAACGUGGAGGGAAAACCAAAGACGAAAUGCCAUAAACAACAAACCCGAGAACCGGAACCAAAAGAUCGCAAUUAUCGGAUCAAUAUAGUGACUUAAUUUUACUAUCGACUGAAUGGUUGCAGCUGUGUGUACACCAAAUCCGUUUAGUGCCUUGAUACAAGGUGGAUUGCUGCACUGUUGAACAGUGUGCAAGCAAUGACUACGAUGUUAUUUAGCGUUUAAGAUUUGACCUGUGAGAAAAUAUUGAAGAUUAAAACCGAUUUUACUGGA